AUGUUUUGCCUCCGCAGCUGGCUUCCCCUCCUCUUCAUCCCCACCAACGCCUCGCCGGCCUUCAUCUUCCUCUUCUUCGUCUGCACAUACUUUCUCAACCGCCCCUGCGUCUAUUGCUCCAUCCUCCUGCUCAUCCUCUUCCUGACCUCGUGCAACUGGUCCGACCGUUGCUUCUUCGACUUUGGCAGCAACUGGUUCCUCCCCAGACCCGGCUCCCCGAGUCUUGCACUCCCGACGGAUGUCCUACCCGACUCGGCCGAUUUGUUCAACGCGAGCGUCGUCGAAAUGAUCAACUCGACUGCCACUGCCGUGACCAACGCCGCAUUAGACGCAGCCGCUGCGCGCAAGGCCGAGUGGACCGGGCUAGGAAUCGAAUGGUUGCGCAGUCUUCUAGGGAAGCGAGAGUGGAGGAUCGACUGCAUGGACAUUUACAUUCGUUUGUGA